GCUAUGUUCUGUGUGAGGGACAUGUGGAGUGAUAUUAUAUGUGUGGCUUCCACAUGUUCCCAGUGUCUUGUGGCUGUCAUGGUCUUGCCUGACCUUGGUUAUUAUCCAGAGGGCAAGACCAGGGCAGCAUUGUGUUUAUGUGGGAAUACGUGUUGUUUCACAUCAUGUAUGUGUAACACGUGUUCCCAGUGUCUUGUCACUUUUACCCUACUCCCUUAUGUAAUCAUGUCUUAAGUGAUUAAUUAUGUUCACCUGUUCCCCAUUGAUGUUGUGUCUUUAUAAUGCCCUUUCGUUGUCUGUCGUGUGCGCGUUCAUUGUCUACAGUUGUUUAGUCAGAGUGUUCAUUUAUCUGUUUUACCCCCACGUGGGUUUUUGUGUUUAAAUAAAUCUUCAGUUUUGUAUUUCAGUUGUGUCUGCGUUUGGGUUCUCUCUUUUAUUUAAACCGAUCGUGACAGAAUGAACGCGCCAAAUUGAACCCAGCGGACACAGCAUGCAGUGUGUGUCGGACCCGGAAUGGUGGUCCUCGAUCACCAACCAGACUCUCUCCGGCAGUAGUCCCUUCCCACCGCAGAAGGGGCUUCCCCUUAAUGACUACGCCCGGGCGGUGGAGAAGAGGAAGGGAUGUUACCCAGAGUUUUUAGCCAGCGCUUAUCUGGUGGCGGGUAUGGAUGACCCUCCACCGAUUCGGGAGCGAGGUAGUUUACUCCAGCUGUCCUACUGGGAUUUGGUAGACUGCCUCGCUCAACGACAGAGCCCAGCUGAGACUGCCCGACCCCUUUCACCCGCACCUAAGCUAGGGGGUAUCCUUACGGGGGCGAUCAAGCUGGGGAAGCCUGCUCUCGUUCCCCCGGUGCGGGAGAUUAACUCCGCGGCCAGUCUCCGUCCUGAACUCCCUGCCUCUAAACGGAGGAAGAAGAGGACGAAGAGAGCUUCGGAGCCAGCGCAGCCGGAGACACGUCACCCGCCGGCGCAGCCGGAGACACGUCACCCGCCGGCGCAGCCGGAGACACGUCACCCGCCGGCGCAGCCGGAGACACGUCACCCGCCGGCGCAGCCGGAGACACGUCACCCGCCGGCGCAGCCGAAGACACGUCACCCGCCGGCGCAGCCGGAGACACGUCACCCGCCGGCGCAGCCGGAGACACGUCACCCGCCGGCGCAGCCGGAGACACGUCACCCGCCGGCGCAGCCGGAGACACGUCACCCGCCGGCGCAGCCGGAGACACGUCACCCGCCGGCGCAGCCGGAGACACGUCACCCGCCGGCGCAGCCGGAGACACGUCACCCGCCGGCGCAGCCGGAGACACGUCACCCGCCUGCGCAGCCGUAUGCGCAGUCAACCGCGCAAUCCAGGACAUUCCACUCCUCUGCUUUUCAGCAGAGGUUUAAGACUCAUUUUCCACAUUCUGGACAUUUGUUUUCCCCUGUUAUUGCCCCACCACCCCUUCAUGAUGUUCUGUUUUUGUUAAAUCACCCCAACCCGUUUGUCACGUAUGUUUGUUUACCGUUGUUGUUUAUUGUGAUGUUGUCAUGGUUGUCUUCUGUUGUGCAGUCUCUCGUUCCUCGUGUUUAAUGUUUUGUUUUGUGACGUCUUGUAUCCGUCAUUAAAGAAGGGGGUACUGUCAUGGGCUUGCCAGAUCUUUUGUAUUUUACUCAGGUCUGAGUGUAUCUGGCAAGACCAUGACAGUGCUAUGUUCUGUGUGAGGGACAUGUGGAGUGAUAUUAUAUGUGUGGCUUCCACAUGUUCCCAGUGUCUUGUGGCUGUCAUGGUCUUGCCUGACCUUGGUUAUUAUCCAGAGGGCAAGACCAGGGCAGCAUUGUGUUUAUGUGGGAAUACGUGUUGUUUCACAUCAUGUAUGUGUAACACGUGUUCCCAGUGUCUUGUCACUUUUACCCUACUCCCUUAUGUAAUCAUGUCUUAAGUGAUUAAUUAUGUUCACCUGUUCCCCAUUGAUGUUGUGUCUUUAUAAUGCCCUUUCGUUGUCUGUCGUGUGCGCGUUCAUUGUCUACAGUUGUUUAGUCAGAGUGUUCAUGUAUCCCGUGUUUCUGACUCCGUAUUCCAUGUUUAUUUGGUUCCAGUGUUUUGUUCCUGUUUCGUGUUUACCUUCCGUGUUUAUUUAUCUGUUUUACCCCCACGUGGGUUUUUGUGUUUAAAUAAAUCUUCAGUUUUGUAUUUCAGUUGUGUCUGCGUUUGGGUUCUCUCUUUUAU